AUGGCGUCGACGGCGGGCGCGGCUGCUGUUACUGCUCCUCCGCAAAUAAAAACGUUGCAUGAGCGGAGACGGGCCAGGGCCUCGGCUGCGGCGGCCCUAGCCGGAACUGCCGUCACCUACAUCCCAGUGGACGCCGAGAUCGUCUCCAUCGACUCCUUCCCGAAAUCGCCCCCCCAGCGCGGCCUUGUCGUCGGCAUCACCUUCAUCAAGGACUCUCGGGGACAAAGCCACGCCCCUUCCUCAACAUUUACUUACUUUAGUCGACCCUACGUAGCCCGGUCUCUGUACGGACGACACUCGACUCCGUGGCGCAGAGUUGCCUCAACCUGGAGCUCUCCAGUUCACCCCGUUCCAGCUUCGCACGUCCGAGUGCUACCCCAUCCCCUGCCACGUCCUGCCACGACCCCGCGCCCCGCCCCGGCCCCCCCACCCGUCACCCUCCUCCCUCUCCGUCCUCCAGGUGACGCCAUCAAGCCCGCCGCUGCGCGCAGGCUGACAAAACACGCGUCCUUCUUUCACCAUCACCUAGCAGAUCGAGCUCUCCGUUUGGUGUACCAGGUGAGCGCCGGCCCCGCGGCAACGGGAACCACCCUCGCCUCGCUCCUCUUCACCACCGGAUGA